AUGGGACUGCGACGAGCGCUCGAGGACUCGUGGGUACCGACUCAAUCCUUCACCUUUGACGGCAGCACGUCCGACCUCGCUCUGCAGCUUUACUCGCGCUUCAAGGCCGGAGAUUCGCUCGACAAGCUGAGCCUCUCGUCGAUACCGGAUACCAUCACCUCUCGGCUCAGCGAUGUGAACGUGGCGUUCGACGACCUGGACGGCUUCGCGCAGCGAGCGGUGCUCUGGGACAGCGGCUUCGCGCUGACGCCCACCAACGACAUCAUGCAGAUCUGGACGCUCGACGGCCGCUCCAUGGCGGAGCUCGCGCUCACACUGGACGAGUUCGAGGCCACUACGUGCACAGCCUACAACUGCACGCAGCCGGACGGAACGAAGGCCCACAACAACCACCUGUGUACGGGCACUCAGUUUCUGACGGGGGCCAAG